CUCUGCAGAUGACCUCACUUCCUGGGAACAGCCACAGGUGGCCAACUGCAUCUUUGUAAGGGACCAAAUCGUGUGUUGGCCAUGGUUUUAGUCUGUCCUUCCUUUUAAAGCUGCAAAAUCCAAGAAUUCCAGGAAAAUUUCAACAUAGGUCUGUCUGAGUUAACACAUACCUCCACAUGGAUGGGAGGUCCAGGAAGACACGUCACUACCUCCAGUGUCCCAGCUUGAGUGAGCAUGAGUUGAACAGACUGAGGCACUUUCGGCUGAGCUCCCUUUCAUUCUCCUCUUGAACUAGAAAAACUCUUUUCUCUCUGUGUGGCUUUUAAUUAUUUUGAAUGAAAACCUCUCUCUUUUUUGCUGUGUGGCUGUUAGAGACCAAACUGUUCUUGCAAGAGUGCCACGGGCACGGGCUUGGACGUGCUAAGGCUGCAAAAGAGUUUGAAGAGAAAGGAAGCACAAGCACCAACUAGAUCAGAAAAUACUUCUGUACUUUUACAAUGCAGUUGGAAGGAUGAGGCACCCUCCACGCUGCACAGCUGAAGGCAAACCUAUGCUGCCAGCUACUACUGCCGACUGCUGCAUCAGCAAGGCUUAAACUUGCUCAGAGGAGAUUCUGAUCAAGAAAUCAGAUUUUCUAGGGUCUGGAAGAGUCAAUAUGUUGGAUCAGAUUCAUCUGCUGGCUGCUGUGACAGUCCUGGGAGUCCUGGAGCAAGCCUACUUCUUCCUCCAGGUGAUCUAUGCUAGGAGGGCAUUUGGCAUUUCUCCUCCAAAGAUCUCAGGCCCACCUGAAUUUGAGAGGAUCUUUCGAGCACAGGUGAACUCCUCUGAGUAUUUUCCCAUUUUCCUGGCACUUCUGUGGCAGGCUGGACUUUUCUUCCAUCAAGGUCUGGCUGCAGCCUUGGGGCUGGUCUAUCUCUAUGCCCGCUACCGCUACUUCAUGGGAUACAAGGCAUCAUCCUCAGAAAGGGUGGACUGGUGCUCAUCCUCUCCUGAUGCAGGUCUCUGCUCCCAGCCCCAGUCACCAUGAAGUCUGAGGGAACUGGGGAUGUUGCACAAGGCCUGUGUGACUGUGGCAGAUUAUUUCUCCAGCAGAUUUCUACCCAGGAAGGCUCGGCUCUGCACGUUUUUUACCAGAUGGACCACACAAAACCCAGCAAGCUGAGCUUGGCUUAGGUUACAGCUGUCCCCAGGGCUGAACAAGGUGAAAUUUAUCUUCUGGGAAUGCAAGUGGGAACAUGAGGGCAGCUCCUGUCCCCAGCAGCCUCCAUGGCAGGUGUUCUUCUCCCCUUCACAGGAACAGGCCAGUGAAAUUCUGAAGUAGAACAAAGCACUUUCAGAGAAAAAAAAAAGUACUUGAAGCUGCAGCGUGAGUUGCUGACAGACAUGCUGACAGACACACCACAGCUCAGCUGUGUCUGCUGGAGAGGAAGGUAGACGUGUCAGGUUGGCACCAUAAAACAAAAAAGCCAGGUAAACUAAAGAUGCCGGAGUCCUAGAAGAAAUCAUGGAAGCAAGACCUGGAAGUUUACAUGUGUAAAUUACACAGUAAUUUCCUUGCUCAAGAAACCUAAUAAAAUCCUGCAUUAGACGCUUCCAGCAACAUUUUUAUCCUCUAUCUCACACUUUGCAAGUGUUCACAUACCACAUGUGACUGCCUUUACUUGCAAAAACACUAACCAGAGAUGGCCUCUCAGGAGAAGGGCUGAUGCUGUUAACAGUAACUCCACUUGAAUUGCUAAUUAUUUUCAUCUUUCAAGCACUGCCUAUAUGUUGGCUAAUAAUAACUCUUCUGGUAACUAUUUCUGUCUUUGUUUGCUUCUGUUCACAGCCACAUUCUUCUCCGAGACAUGGCUGUACCCAACAUCCUGUUGCUGUGUUGAGUUUCAGAGCAGGCAGGUAUUUUGCCUACACUUAGUAGCAAUUACGUACUUGCAAAGAAGUCAUAUGAUCUUUCCUCUAACACUGGAAGAAUAUGCCUGCAGCAGAACUUCAUGCCAGUGUAAGCAUAGGAUGAUUUUCAUUUCCUGAGAGGCCUCUAAAAAGAAAAUUUAUGUCAGAAUGCUGUUUGACCACAACAAACAUAUGGUUGAGACAGUACUGGGCAAACCAGGCUUUAUUUAGAUAAGAAAACUAAGAACAUUAGAUAGCAAGAAACCAGCCAGUACAGCCCACUUCAAAGCCAUGAAUCACGUGGAUCUUCGUGCGUAAACAACAGAGAACCCAUUUUCCGUCAUUAUUCAAAUGCAGUAAUGGGGACUAAAAAGACCAAUCAGACUAAUAAAAUGACCCAGAGUAGA